AUGAACCACAACCACCAGCAGUAUCCGCCGCCCGCGCCGCAACAGCAGCAGCAGCAGCAAUAUGGCCAACACCCGCCGCCGGUGCAGACGCAGAAUCUGAACCAGUAUCCGCAGCAGCAACAGGGCGCCUAUUCUCCGCCGUACCAGCAGUCGCCAACGAUGAUGUCGCCCAACAUGGCAGGCGGCAUCCCCCCCGCAAAGCGCCAGCGACUCUCUCCAAACCCGCCGUCGCCCGCGCCAUACCACUCGCCCUUUGCCCAGCCAACGUAUCCCCCGUCGCAGCCUCAGUCGCCGUAUGCUAUGUCCCCGCAGUUUUCUGGCCAUCUCUCUGUUCCCGGAUCGCCUGCGACGCAGCAGCCUCCGCCAUUCCACCAGCCGCAGCCCUACCCUCAUCCCAACGGAGCGCCCCAGCAACACGCGCCUCAGGGUUCCAUGCCGCCGCCCAAGGUGCCGUACAGCAAGACGCAGGACGAUGCAGAGCUCGAGAAGCCCAAUGGACGAGACUCGGACGUGAACAAUCUGAGUGAUGUUCUCAGUGGUGGAAUCGUCGACCUUCGUGCGGAAGAAGAUUUGCUACUACAUAGCUACGGAAACCGGAACUAUGGUGCAUCUUUCAAUUCGCAGGCUUCAGGCUCCAACACGACGCCCAACACGAGCUUCAAUAACUGGAGCCAGCAGAGCAGCCAUGGUGCAUUUCAGGGCAGUGGACCGUUGUCUCAGGGCUUAUCACAGGAGCAGCACGAGGCCGAAUUUCUCAGGAAGCACGAGCAGGCCGCGCGUAUACUGAACGAGUCGGCGCAGCAGCCCCUCACCGACCCCUUCCUUGCCGCCAAUGUCCUACGACAUCGCAUAGCGAAACGAGCCUACGAAACCGGUAUCCAGGUCAAUGUUGACGGACUUUUUGACAAGAUUCCCGAGAAGCAAGCUCGAGAUAGCACGCGCACAGCCCAGGCUGGCCAGAAUGGGGAGCAAAUUGUGGGCCUCGAGGCCGCCAGUCUACUCAACCAGACUGCGCCGCUUGUCGAGAUUCUCUCGCUGUUAACUUUGGCUGCUGAGGAUCGCAUUCGUACCCUGGUCGAAGAUGCUUACGUCCUUAGCAAGGGCCGUCAGCACACAUCACAUGGCCUGAUUCCACCUCAACUUGUGGACAUUGCCGAAGUCGAGAAGAGCGCAGAGGAAAAGAUGGUAGCCCCAGUCAACAUCCUGAGGACCCCUUGGGAGGCUCCAGACAGCGCUGUCAGUCCUACAUCGACAGCAAACAAGCGUAAGACGGAUCCCGUCCGAAGAUGA